AUGAAAAUCAACAACCAACGAGAACUGCAAGAGAUUAAAGACCGGAAAGAACAAGCAAUAACUGUAUGUGAAGGUCAAAGAACAGAGAAUGAUGAUUAG